GGACAAGAGAACGAUGGAACAGAAAUCUGCCACUGCCAGUGCUGGUGGCCAUUGUGCGACACUUCAUACUCUAUUAAAAUACUGUAAUUACAAAUCUGGAGCACUAAAUUGAGCAGAGCGCUCAAACUAAAAGCAUCAACAUCUGGUCUAACUGGGAGGGAGGUGGUGACUUUGAUGAGGACAGCCCUGAGUGCCAGGGCCGCACAGCCUGCAUUUGAAGAAUAAUGUGUUGAAAUCAUCGACCACUCUGCAAUUCUGUAUCCUUCAUUGUAAUGUUUUGUUGACUGGCUUCAGAGCACUAUUAAAGGCAAGCCAGCUCUGUCCAAUUGCGAUGGAGCCCAGUGAAGGAGCCCUGCCUGAGCCAGCCUCUAUAGCUGCAAUAGAAGCACCAACAGACCCUCCCGAGGGGCUCAUCGGAGCAAAGCGCAAAAGUUCGGAAGCGGACACCGUGAUUCUCGCCCAAGAUGCGCAGGAACAGCUUGCACUGCCGCCUUCUUUAGAGCCUCCGGCUAAGAAGUCAAAGAAGAAGUCUGGAGGCAAGGGCAAGUCUGGCAAGAAAGGCUCGAAGAAGGGCAAUGGCAGGCCGGCGCUGGUGGGGCUGCCUGGGGAGCAGGUUGAACAGCGCGCCCUCAUACCCGCCUCCCGAGACUCGUUGGAGGUCCUCACGGAGGUGCUGCUGUCACGGACAGAGCGUGCGCCCCAGAUUCAGCUGAGCGCCGACCAGUUGACGGCCUCCAGCACAAAGGGCUACAGGAUGGUGCGCGCCACUACGGGCCCAUACGACGGCGCCUGGUACUUCGAGAUCAAGAUCGUUCACCUAGGCGAGACGGGCCACACGCGCCUCGGGUGGUCGAUGUCCGGCGGCGACCUGCAAGCGCCCGUUGGUUACGACACGCACAGCUACGGCUAUCGGGACGUUGACGGGAGCAAAGUGCACAACACGUGGCGGGAAGAGUACGGGGCCGGGUAUGGGGAGGGGGAUGUGGUCGGGUGUUACAUCAAUCUGCCAGGGGGAGUACGGCCGGAAAAGGCGGAUUUGGUGGACUAUAGGGGCAAGCCGCACCAUACAGAGACAGCCGAGGUGCCACAGCAGCCUCUGAAAGACUCCCAGGUCGCCUUCUUCAAGAACGGGGAGUGCCAGGGCGUGGCCUACUGGAGCAUCUUCGGCGGCCAGUACUUCCCCGCCGCGUCGCUGUAUACUUCCAACAAGCAGUCACGGGCGUGCGAGAUACGGUUCAACUUCGGGCCGGACUGGGAUUGCCCCCCUUCCGACUGGAAGGGACUACCGGUUCCGCAGCCAGUGUCGAAAUUGGCGGCGGUAGCGUUGCAGGAGGCGAAGUCGGCGCAAAACGGGGGAGCAAAUGGCGCGAACGUGCGGAAAGAGUUAGCUGUCGAGCGAGGAACCAAUGGGGCUGUAACAGGGCCCGCGGGCGGCAUCGUCAACGGGACUGCCGCCGGGACGUCGUCAGUAGUUGAUACCGAAGCGCCGGGGGCAACGCAAAGUGGGGCAGUGGAGGAGCAAACGGCAGGGAGCCAAGCGGCGACUGUUGAGCCCGGUGUUGGAAACGAGGCGAGUCUAGGGAUUGCUGUGGUCGCACAAACUUGACACAGGCCUCGAAGCCUUGUUGUUGCCUAGCUUGAAAGCCCGCUCACUUUCUUCGGCCGAACCAUUCAUGUUGAUCACCGAUUAUGGUUCAAAAGAUUAUGUGCAGGCGCGUGC